AUGAACGAGAAGGACAUAGAGAAGUGCAUCUGCUGCGAGACGCCCAACCCGCAGGCAGCGCCGGCGGUGAGCGGGGCCGGAAGCUCAGGGGCCGGGGGAGGAGGGUUCGGGGGAGGGGGAGGGGGGAUCCAGUUCGGGUUCGGGGGAGGCGGGGGAGGCUUCACCUUCGGGACGGGAGGGACGGCCGGGGGAGGCGGGGGAGGAGCGUUCACCUUCGGGACGGGAGGGGCGAGCAUCGGGGCCGGGCUGGGAGCAGCGGAGGCACCUAAGCCAGCCGGGGCAGAGGCCAGCAAGGACGCCGGGAAGCAGGAGAGACAGGAGGAGGAGCAAGCGACGAAAGAGGAGGAGGAGGAGGAGGAGGAGGAGUCAAGCGGGUCAGACCUGGACAUCGGGUCGUCAGAGGACGAGGCGGCGCCAGAAGCGGAGGCACCAGCCGUGGACGCGGGGGUGUCGCUUGCAGAGAAGUUCAAGGUCAAGCCAGGGCAGUGGCGGUGCGCGACGUGCAAGGUGAUGAACGAGAAGGACAUAGAGAAGUGCAUCUGCUGCGAGACGCCCAACCCGCAGGCAGCGCCGGCGGUGAUGAACGAGAAGGACAUAGAGAAGUGCAUCUGCUGCGAGACGCCCAACCCGCAGGCAGCGCCGGCGGAGGAGGAGCAAGCGACGAAAGAGGAGGAGGAGGAGGAGGAGGAGGAGGAGUCAAGCGGGUCAGACCUGGACAUCGGGUCGUCAGAGGACGAGGCGGCGCCAGAAGCGGAGGCACCAGCCGCGGACGCGGGGGUGUCGCUUGCAGAGAAGUUCAAGGUCAAGCCAGGGCAGUGGCGGUGCGCGACGUGCAAGGUGAUGAACGAGAAGGACAUAGAGAAGUGCAUCUGCUGCGAGACGCCCUACCCGCAGGCAGCGCCGGCGGAGAGACAGGAGGAGGAGCAAGCGACGAAAGAGGAGGAGGAGGAGGAGGAGGAGGAGUCAAGCGGGUCAGACCUGGACAUCGGGUCGUCAGAGGACGAGGCGGCGCCAGAAGCGGAGGCACCAGCCGUGGACGCGGGGGUGUCGCUUGCAGAGAAGUUCAAGGUCAAGCCAGGGCAGUGGCGGUGCGCGACGUGCAAGGUGAUGAACGAGAAGGACAUAGAGAAGUGCAUCUGCUGCGAGACGCCCAACCCGCAGGCAGCGCCGGCGGUGAGCGGGGCCGGAAGCUCAUGGGCCGGGGGAGGAGGGUUCGGGGGAGGGGGAGGGGGGAUCCAGUUCGGGUUCGGGGGAGGCGGGGGAGGCUUCACCUUCGGGACGGGAGGGACGGCCGGGGGAGGCGGGGGAGGAGCGUUCACCUUCGGGACGGGAGGCGCGGCCGGGGGAGGCGGGAGCGGUGCUUUUGUUUUUGGUGCCUCGCAGAUUUCUUCCUCAAACUCGUCUAGUGUCUUUUCUUCUCAGUCCUCUUCUUCCUUCUCGAAUGCAUCAGGUGGUGGGAGUGUUUUUAGUUUUGGUAUGAUGAGUCAGGGAACUAGCAACGCGUCGGAAGCGUUCAAAUUUGGUGCUGGAAACUUGACUGCGUUUGGAGGCGGGCCUUCGAACGGAGUUUCUUUUGGUAGUGCGAGUGGAGGAGGAUUUUCGUUCUCUUCUGGCACGGGAGGGUUCAGUCUCGGCAGUGGAGCAGCUGAACAACAAAAGCCCUUCGGAGGCGGGAGCACAUAG